CCCACAACAGUUGCAAUUUGAAGACCAACGCGUUAAGAACUCGAAAUCACUCAAAAAUCAUGUCGAAAGUUAAGAACUUAUUCGCCAAAAUGCUGCAGCGUUUUGGCAAAAACAACUCGAAUACCGACAGUCAGCGGUAUGAUAGUUUGGAGGAGAUUGCCCAGAACCAGGCAAACGAGAGGAUGUUGCGGGAGACCCAGGGGGGAAUGGAGGAGCACCUGGUCAUCUGUCUGGAAACGGCGGCUGGGAGCUUCUAUUGGCACUCGCAGUAGCAGCCGAUGGAGGAGCAGGACCAGCAAUCUAACAAGAAUGAUUGCUGAGAACCAAAUUAUCGGCUAUAACAAUUUCUGGCGAGUAAACAACUGCAAUUAUAGUAAACACAGAAGCAGCAGCAGCAGCAACUUUGGUUGCAACAGGAGCAAUAACAGCAGCAAAACUACGAAAGAUGCAACAAACUGCAAUUAUUAUUGCAGUGUCAAUAGCAGCAUCUCCAAAAGCCAAAAAUCCAGAGCAAUAAGGAAUACAGCAGCUACAGCCCAAAAAAACUGCAAUUAUUACGGCAAUGUCAACCUGCACCGACACCUCAAAAAGCUAAAAACCCAGUAGCAACCAUAACAAGCCCUGAAGCAACCGCAAAAGCCACUUGGCCAACAAAAUCUACAAUAACUUGUCAACAAAAAAAGCGAGAACAUCAAGAGCCAAACAGUAGCAGCCACAUAAACUAUAACAAUUACAGCAAUGUCAGCAGUAGCAACAUCUCAAGAAAUCACCACAACAAUCUCGAAAUAACAGCAGCAACACCAAGCAAAAACCGGUAGUUAGAUGAGACCAAAGCGACUGAUUGGAUGAAUGAGUAAUACAAAGCAUAUCAUCAUUCAAUUUCCAAUGAAUGGAGCUGUCAAUGGAAUGGAACAACAAGUUUCGAGGUAGUCCUAGUCCAAAGGAUCUUUCCAGUUGGACACCCUCGAGAUAUUAUAAUGAUAAAUAUAAAAUACAUUUGUGAUAUAAACUCAAGCUAGUUAGUGUAUUAUAAAUGUUAUUAGCUUAUAAGAAAUU